AUGAGUUUCCGUAACACCAUUGCAAAGCCUCUGUAUCGGCGAACUGACCGUCAGGGGCAGUUUGUCAUAGGGCAAAGGACCGAGGCAGAAUCGCCAAUCUAUCAGCCACAGUGGCGAUGGCAGAGACUCUGCAGGGUUGUACAAGUGGCCAUUUGUAAACUAGGAUUCGCUUCACUAUCACCUUCUUGUUGCAGGGCCCUCGCUGGAUUCGAGGAGACUCUUGUCGCAUUUGAACCUUCAAUUGGUGCAAUAGAGAUUCAGGAUGCCGUCAUUUUGCGCGACGAUUCCGAUCCCUUUGGCAUCGCCAUUGCCGCUGGCAGCCUAGUAGAUGACUUUGAGCAGAUCACUGGGACACGACCGUCAGUGAGGGCCUGGGCAGGCGAUAACAGCACGACUAGUGAGGUAAAAAUUGCGUCAGAAUCAGCUAUCAUUGCCGCGACGGUUGAUUCCCCGCUGAUGCGACAGUUGGAGAGUUCAAGGAAACUGAACUUGAGCAGCAUCCGGGGCAAAUGGGAAACGUUUGAAACGACUCUUGUGGCGCAACCAUUUCCAGGCGUCCAAAACGCCCUGGUAAUUGCAGGAAGCGACAUGCGAGCUGUGAUCUUCGGUAUCUUCACCUUGUCUGAACAGAGUGGCCAAUCACCUCUAUACUGGUGGAAUGAUGUGCCUGCGAAAAAGCAUGAUAAAAUCUACGCCAUCAACAAGACGCUCACGUUUGGCGAGCCCACCGUCAAAUAUAGAGGUAUCUUUAUUAAUGACGAGGCGCCAGCCUUGACGAGUUGGUGGGCUCAACGAUCACGCCGAGAAGACUACACCUUUGAUUCCGAGUUUUACGAGCGCGUCUUUGACCUCCUGCUGCGCCUAAGAGCCAAUCUCAUUUGGCCGGCUAUGUGGGGAAGUUUUGUUCCAGCUCCUGGCCGCAUCUUCUUUACAGACGAUCCUGGGAACAUGGCUUUGGCAAACGAUUAUGGUAUCGUCGUCUCAACAAGCCACCAUGAACCCAUGCAAAGAGCAUCGAAUGAAUGGAAGCAAAGUAAGAAUGGGGCUUGGGACUGGGUCGCUAAUAAGGGCAAUGUCGUCGAAUUUAUGCGCGAAGGUGUUCGAAGAGCAGGCGGGAACGACACAUACUUCACCCUCGGCAUGCGUGGAGAGAACGAUGGGCCUAUCCAGGCCGAUGACCCCAUAGCUGUUUUGAGAGAAGUCUUUGCUGUCCAACGAAAUAUUCUCGCCAGCUUCUACGGAAACGAAACGGCUGCUCGACAAAUCUGGACUAUCUACAAGGAGGUUGCAACUUAUUACGCAGCUGGUCUUGAGCCACCUGAAGACGUCACACUGAUGUUCACGGACGAUAACUGGGGUAAUGUUCAGAAGCUUCCAAACGCCAAGGAACUUGGCAGAUCGGGUGGUAUCGGACCCAAGAUAUACAAGGAACUCUUCCAAGCUGCGCAGGCAGGGGUGAAUCGCAUCUGGGUUUUCAAUGUUGGCGACAUAAAGCCAGUCGAACUCCCGCUGAAUAUGGCCAUGGAUCUUGCGUGGAACGCCACCCGCUUUGAUCUGGAUUCAUUGCCCGAUUAUCUCCAGUCUUUAGCUGCCCGCGACUUUGAUCUCGAGCAUUCCGAAGUUAUUGCUUCUGCCUGGCUGGCAUAUAGUCACCUGGUCGGCAUGCGGAAAUUCGAGAUGCUUGAGCCAACUACGUAUUCGAUAACCAAUUAUGAGGAAGCUGACCGCAUUCUUGGAGCGUGGAAAGCUCUAGCUGACAGAGUCAGAGCGAUUGAGGCCAGCUUGCCACAAACACAUCGCGAUGCAUUCUUCCAUUCGUCAACAUAUGCCGCCGUCGCUGGCUACAAUUAUCACGCUAUUCUCAUCGGGCAGGGCAAAAACCGUCAAUAUAGCUUUGAGCGGCGGAAUUCUGCUAAUGCAAUUGCGUAUGAUCUUAUCGAGCGCUUCGAGUAUGACCAUGACCUCACUAUUGAAUAUGACGCCAUUGCCGGCGGCAAAUGGAGAGGCAUCAUGUCCACUCCAAAGUUCGAUAUGAGCACCGCCGACUGGCGGCCAUCUUCCAGAGAUGUCAUGGCAAACCUGUCCUUUGUACAACUUCGUCAAGAUUUUGACUACGCUUUCGGUAAUUUAGGCAUCUACGUCGAGCAGUCGCGAGCUCCGUAUCUUCAAGGCCGUAUCUGCGCUUCUAUCAACCCUUCAAAACCUACCAAGGAUGGUUUGUCGCCCAUGAUGCGGCCUAUGGAACCUCAUGGCCCUGCUUUCCGAUGGAUAGAUUUGUUCCACCGUGGCGACCACCGGAGACCCAUAAGAUGGUCCAUCAGCGUGCCAGAACCUUGGAUCAAUGUUUCCCAGGUAUCAGGGGAGGUCUCAGGGUCGAAGCCCGAAGAACGAGUUCAUAUCAGUAUAAAUUGGGAAUUGGUCCCGGCUACGUAUAAUCAAACGGUCCAGCUACGAGUGUUUUAUGGGCCUCCUGCCCACUUCGACGACGUCCACUUGCCUGUCAUCAACAUACGGGCUCUGAAGGAUUUUGCAGGUUUUCCUGAAGUGGAUGGCAUCAUCUCAAUAGAGGCGCCCCAUUAUCAACGGUCGUCCCUAACGCAGGAUACUGGUCGAAACAUUGGAUUCAAGGUUAUGCCAAGACUGGCCAGCCGCUCCGAAUCUGGAUCCGUUGCUCUAAGACCCUACCAAGCCGCUAUAGAGUCCGAAAGCGAGUCAAAAGCUUCUUGGUUGGAGUAUGACAUCUUUAUUCUGGGAAAUGCCACGCGGCGUGCCGUCAAUGCCACCAUAUACAUCAAUGGCGCACUCGACACCCGUGCCAAUAAGCCCAUGCUAUGCUCUCUCAGUCUUCAAAACGAGAGCAAACCCGCAAAUGACUUCUUCAAGAUCCUUGGGACGCCAGAAAAAGCUGGUGAUACUCCACCUGAGUGGAAUGCCGAGGUUGCGAACGGUGUCUGGACGCGGACGCUACAGCUAGGCAGCCUCAGCCCAGGUAAACAUAUUUUGCGAUGGCAAGUCAACUCUCCAGAGGUGUAUCUGGAGAAAAUCGUCUUAGCUACUCAGGGCAGGCUACCAGAGACAAGCUUGGGCCCGCCUGAAACUUCAAGGCUUUAA